AUGAGGUUGGCACGCAGCGAACUACCUCCCAAUUAUAACAGUUAUCAUUCGGGACUUGACAAAAUAAUCGGCUAUUUCAUCCUAGAAGCUAUCGAUAGAGCCCAUUCGUCCAAUGCUAGACCAAGAUUCGGUAAACGAGGCUUUCUCAUGCCAGCCGGCUACGGUCAGGAUGAACAGGAGCGAAACUAUUACAGGAUGAUUGGCGGGAUUCAACGUUUUCAAGAUGAACAAAACGCCAACAAUUAAGCUAAACUGACCAUGGGCGAAGACACAGGAAAGGCAGCAUGGAAACGAACAGAAACUCAUUCUGAUGGCUAGCCUGAAAAGUACGUAAUCACAACUAGCUGAAUUGAUAAAAAAAAACUAGCCUGAAAAGUACGUAAUCACAACUAGCUGAAUUGAUAAAAAAAACUACAAAAAAAUGACUGUCAAGAUUGUAUUUUUGAAGAGAAGUAUUGAGAUAAAUUUGAUUCCAAGUUUAAUGCUUAAUAUCAAGUUUAAUGUUUAAUACCAUAAUCUCCCCCCUCAAACCAUUUAUCACUGUACUUCUAAGCAUACAUACGUUACGCAAUAGUGAGUCAGACAUUUUAACUUUAUAUCCGGGUAACCGUAACCUAACCAAGUUUGCACUGCUUAUUAAAUACUGCUGCGAUUGUUUAUGGAGAAUGUAAAUAAUGAUUGAUUUGUACAUAUACGAUGCUUAGAUCCGGCAAUCGAAAUUAAUAAAAGAAAAGCUGAACAGUUGAGCAAUUAAAUCUCUCAAAAAAUCAUAAA